AUUUUAGGGUUAUUGGCACAGAAAACUGAAAAAGAUUUAGUUGGAUAUCUUUUAAAAAAUUAUGAUCGUAGAAUUCGACCGACAAAAUAUUGGAAUUCAUCGAUGACGAUCACUAUUCAAAUACACCUUUAUAGUUUAAUCGACGUCGAUGAAGUAAGCGAGCAGCUAACGUUACUAUUAUGGAUUCCACAAAGCUGGAAAGAUGAAUAUCUCGUUUGGAAUGAAGACGAAUGGGAAGGCAUUUCGAAAAUCAACAUACCCGCUGAAUAUAUUUGGAUUCCAGAUGGAACAAUCUUUAAUAUUGUCGAUGUUAAAGAAAUUCUUUCUUUAUCACAAACAUAUGCCAGAAUCACAUCUCAUGGCCAAGUUGAAGUUGACUUUAAUAAAUUGGUGAGCAUUCGAUGCCCGAUGGACGUUCGCAAUUUUCCAUUCGACUUACAAUUUUGUAAAAUACAAUUCGGUUCGUGGGGAUUUCAGCUUCAUCAACUAACUCAUAAUGUCAAAAGUGCUGUUAUCAUUCCUGAAACCAGUGAAAAUUCUGAGUGGCAAAUCGAAUCUUUCUCAUCAAAAAAAGUUCAAACUGCUUACGAAAGUUCACAAGGUGAUAAUAUCAACGAAUAUGAAGAAAUCAUCUACACAAUUGUUUUACGUCGUAAACCUUUAUAUUACAUAGUGGUUCUUCUAAUUCCGACAUAUUUAAUCGUUUCCAUAUCAAUAAUCGGUUUAUUUAUUCCUCAUUCGGCUGAUGGUGAACGAGAAGAAAAGGUUUCAUUUGGCCUUACAACCUUACUGACAAUGACGGUGGUUCUUGGUAUGGUCACUGGUGAAAUGCCAAAGAGUUCUAUCGGCCUACCACUACUAGGUCAAUAUGUAUUAAUAGAAACAGGAGUAUCAAUUUUUGCAAUCAUUUUAUCAGCUGUCAUAUUAAUUUGCAAUGAACGUGCGUUGAAUCACUGUAAACCUCCACCAGUUUGGAUACAAGGUCUAUUUCACGCCAACGUAAAGAAUCGUAAGGACCCUUUGUGUCAACCUCUUCUAACUAAAGAGAAAGAUUAUCAGCGGUCAGCUUCUGAUCAACUUGGCUUAACUUUCGCUAUUCGCACUCUUAUCGAAUAUUACGAUGAACAGCGUGAAAGGGAUUUCAAUAAAAAUCUUUGGCAUCGUUUAUUUGCUUUCGUCGAUUUAAUAUCAAUGCUAAUUUUACUUAUUUUAAAUACAUUUCUUACAUUUUAUACAUUUUUUCCUUUUAUUUUCUAA